GCAGUAGAAGCCAUUUCGACUGCUGCUAACCAUGCGCAGAACCCGUGCGCAGAACUCACAUGUAACUUGUCGAGGUUUGUGAGAAUAAGCUGCUUUUGACGUGUUUUAUAAAACAUUCUCGUUGUUACCUGAGAGCAGUUUACCACAUUCUAAAUUAUGCCUCGUAAACCUAGUGUGAAUAACUAAUACGUGAUUGCUUACUAAAAACAAAAGAGAAACUAAGCGACUACAGCUAGCAGUGGACUAACAACAGACUGACUACCAGCAGUCUCCCUUGCACAAACCAGAGUGAAUUUGGCGGCUGAGGAUUCUGAGGAAUGGAUGUGGACGCUUCGGGAAUCAUGAGCAGACCUAUUCCAAAGAGAAGAAAGGCAACAUGCCCACAGUGCUCUGGAUGCAGCGCAAAGAACAGCAGAACCGCCAACACCAGGUCUGCUAGCUGCAACCCGAACACCAGUAGAGACUCAAACUCCAGCGGAGAUACCAUCAGCAGCGAUUCUAGUACUAGCUCUUCAAGCCUGCUGCCUGUUCUGCCUUUCACAAUCACAGAAACCAUCAACGUAUUGGAACACAUGUUAGCCGGGGAAGAGGACGUAGUAGAUCUUACGUGUGAAGGAACCGAGCCGGCGGCCGUAGUCGAUCUCACCAACAACGACUCGGUUGUGCUGUUGGAUGAAGGGCCUGAGGGCACAGAGGGAACAGCGGAGAGCUACGUGGUCAGCAGUGACGAGGAGGAGGAUGCGCGGACCCUGCUCAAUGCGGAUCUGCUGUCCACGUUGCAGGCCAGCAGUCAAGCCAGGGCGACUCCAGGGACCAUCAGCUGUCCAGUGUGUAUGGACUCGUACACAGAGAUCGUGGACACCGGCAGGCUAGUGGUCUCUACCAAGUGCGGCCAUGUCUUUUGCAGCCAGUGCAUCCGGGACUCGCUGGCCCACUCGCAUACUUGCCCAACCUGCAGGAAAAAACUGACGCCUCAACAGUACCACCCCAUCUACAUCUGAACUGACCUCUGGCUCCAAGGCCAUUCAGCGCUGCUCACCACUUGGCUGCCAUAUUGCCAAAAAAACCUGCUCCCUCCUCCUCCUCUUGAUAUGCAGUGCAGUUCUCUCUUUCACUCUUUUGUUCUGCCUUUAAUCAAUAAAACAUCUAAUUGGCUGACGUGUAGGAGACAGCAGCUUCUGAGUAUUUGAGAUAUAGAUCUAAAAUCUAUUUUCAGUAGAUUUUAAUUGUUUUUUCUCUUAUUUAUCGGUUCUUGGAAAUUCCUGCAUUGAUACAAGUUUAAUGGAAAAAGUAUUUUUCACAAUGCCUGAAUAGGGUUGCUGUCCUCAAGCCCUUUUGACUUAAUUUUCCUAUUAUGUAUUUUCUUUUUGUAAUGGGGUUAUAUUAAAGGUAAGAUAACAAAUGGU